AAAAAGCAAAGGUGCGAACAACAGGGAAAAAGAAAAAGAACACAUGGACAGUGUGUGCUAUACAAAAAGGCACAGGGGAGAUUAUUGCGUUCUGGUGGACACAUCAAAAUCCAACACGAUAAACAACGAAAAAAUGCGCAAUGGCCUAUUCCUUUGGGAUAUUAUAAGACAUUUUAAUAUUGAGGGGAUUAAAAACAUAAAAGCCAUAGGUAGAUCACUCUACAAAAUUUUUUUUGAAAAUUUUGAAGCUGCAAACAAGUGCGUUAGCAAUCCCGACUUAAUUAAAAAUCAAAUGCGACCCUUUAUACCAAGAAGCUUGGUAGAAACAACUGGUGUUGCUAGACAAAUACCUCUUAACUUCACUGAGGAAGAAAUAAAAGAAAAUAUCAUUUCAGAUAUUCCUGUUACAGCUAUCUCAAGAAUUACCAGAAGAGAUCCCAAUGACAAAGAGAAGUUCAUUCCAACUCUCUCUGUGAAAAUAAGUUUUGAAGGCAACGAACUACCAGAAACCAUAGACAUUUUUUGCGUAAAAAUCAAAAUGGUUCACUACAUUCCUAGAGUUAGGCAUUGUUACAACUGCGGCAGACUAGGGCACACAAAAAUGGCCUGCAGAGCAGCCAACAGAUGCAUUAUCUGUGGCAAGGCAGAGGGCUGUAGUAGUAAAUGCAAUGAAACCACAAAUUCGUGCAUACUAUGCGGAGGGGAUAAUCACAAUUCACUCGAGAGCAGGAAAUGUUCAAAAUGGGCCAGAGAAAAACAGGUGGUCGAAAUUAUGACAAUAAAAAAAGUAUCUAAGUCUGAGGCGAUUGGGAUGUACAAUUUAAACAAUAAUAACCGUUUCUCAGCUCUAGAAAACUAUGAGGGAAAUUUUCCACAGUUAGAAGCAAAAAGUACAGCAAGAAUCAACAAUGAUGAAACAGUAAAUAGAAAACUCACUACAUAUAAAUACAAUUAUGUAGUUAGAAAUCAUCAAACCCACACAACAGCUACACCUAACCAUUCCAAAAUCUUGCCGAAAGCUACAACCAAAACACAACCCGUCUAUGAAAUGCCGAAUUGGUCCAAGGUCACAGAGAUUGAAAAGCUUGUAAAUCUCCUUAUAAAAAGGUACGACAUUGACGUUAAUGACCCCUUGGUUAACCUAAUUCGCAAUAUAGGCGCAGUACACAUUGAAGACAAAACUCCAAGUAACAAAGAUGACAAGUCCAAUAAAAAUAUUACAAUAUAACGUACAAAGCCUCAAAAGUAAUAAAAACUAUGUAGACUUCUUUAACACUAGUAAUAACAUUGAUAUAGUCUGCCUCCAGGAAAUUUUUUCGCAUGACAACCAUACAACUCAACACAAUUUAAUGAACUUCAACUUACUCAGAAAGACUAGAAUCGAUGGAUAUGGUGGCGUAGGAAUCGGAUUUAAAAAAGCAGGAGACCUCAACGCUAGGCAUCAAGUGUGGGGAGACAGAAUAUGCAACACCAAAGGAAAAAUAGUUGUUGACGAAAUCAGGAACACCAAUCUACAGUGCAUCAACAGUGGAGCAAUCACUCACCGCACCGGUAACAGUGCAGGAACGGCAAUUGACAUAACUCUGACCAACAUUAACAGCAGUUACACAAAAUGGCACUGUCAACAAGUCCAUUUGGGAGGCAGCAAGCAUUUCCCCAUCAUCGUUGAGGUCACUAAUAGCAGCAAAAAGCCCAACUAUUUCAUCCCCAAGGAACGACUCGCCCAGGAACUUGCUCAGUUAAAAUUCUCUGACUUAGAAAAUAUCACGACAGAAAUAGACAGCGUUAGGAACAGGAUUAAAAUUGACUUGAACACAUCCAGGCGUACCCCUAAAAACUGGUGGAGUGAUGACCUCAAAAAACUGUACAGAUUACAUGUCGCUAAACGCAAAAAAGCUAAUCAUACUAACAAUGUUGAAGACAUGGAAGCCUCAAUUAUAGCAACUAGUGACUGGAAAGAAGCGGUGAAGGCGGCAAAGAAAGCGAGCUACAACAGUAAAAUUGAGGAGAUAAACACUUGCCCCAACUCGACACAGGCUUGGAAAUUCAUAAGAAAUGUCAAAGGCAAUAAGCGCGCGUCUCACAAUUGGGCAGCUGAAGAUGACCGAAACUACUUAGAACUGAUAAGGAAUCAAGCCCAACAAGCCAGCAACCCUUGUAAUGUCAUCACUCCAACCACCGCUGCAUCAGUAAAUGCCAACAACAGCGUUGACUUUUCAUACAGCAGAUUCGAAAAUUUAUUAGCAAAAAAAAAUCGACUGCUGGGGGUUUCGACAGAAUUACGUUUAAUACAUUAA